UUACCAUCUUAGAAGUACCUUUAUGGAGUUGAAUUACUUAAUAGAAGACAGGUACAUAGGUAGUGUAUGUGAAUGUAUUUAGGAAUAGGUGGGCAAUGUUUUAGUGCAGUUUUAAAUUAGGAAAUUAUAAAACUGUGUUAAUAUAUUUUUAUCUCAUCUUAAUAGGAUUAUUCAAGAUAAAGUUGUAACCAUUUCCAACAAGGAUCAAUGAUCAAAAUUGUUCUCUUUGAAAAGAGAUUUCCAGGUUAAACAUGAGAGGAAAAUACCGGAAUCAUUUGGAUUUGGACAGGAUAAAGAAUACAGUAUUUCACAGUUAAUUGUCAUGGAACCUUUGUAAGAUUCAUCACUCGUCAUGCAUCCACCUGGGAACAUGGAUGUUGGUUUUUCUCGUUCUGCUGUUCAGACGCUAUCAAGAAGCCACUGCAAAAACAUCAAACAAAAAAUUUCUCAGUGGGAAGGAAGGGCUAAUGGAAUAUCUAAUCCAGAAAAGUGGCGUCCAAAGGACUUUGGAGUGAGAUAUAACUGUCACCAAGAGAUUCUUCCUAAGAAAAUUCCUGUUGUGGAAAGCAAGGGCAAAAAUUUGGAUGUAACUAGUUCUCAAAAUGUGGGUCUGGAUAUCAAUGAAGAUGCCAAAAGCCAUGAUCAAAGUAAGGAUGAAAGUGAGAAACAUGAAUGUGAUGAUACACGCUUCUUUCCAAAUGAGUCAGAAUCCAGUUGGGUGUGUUCUCGGGUCAAACACAUGAAAAGCUGUAAAGAAGUUGUUUUGGAUCCAGAGACUUCAUUACCUCCAGGAAACUUUUAUACCUCACAAAUAUUGUGGAAGAAAAUAGAAGCACUUCCCCCAGAUAAAGUCUUAAAUUUGGCUUUAGAACAUUGUGAUUCUUCAGGAAAAAAACUAAAUUUCAGAGUUCUGGAUAGCUCAUGUGGAAUAACCAAGAGCUUAGAAAAUAUUUACUCUGAACCCGAGGGGCAAGAAUGUGGACCUUCUAUAAAUCCUUUGCCAAAACCUCGUAGGACAUUCAGAUAUUUAUCUGAAUCUGGUGUGGGGCCAUAUAAAGAAAAAAACUAUGACAAAAAGUACUGUGAAAGUCAUUCUUGUGCAGAAUCUUCUUUGGCCUCUUCUCAGGAAACUGAACCAAAGAAAUGUGGUGGAAAAAUCAGAGGAAGAUCUAAAAGGAAGUCUUUUGAAUUUGAGGAUAUUCAGCACUUUCGAAAUCGGAACUCCCAGAAGAUUCAUGAAGAACUUGGAAGAAAUUCUGGUUCAGCACUUUAUUACACACAGUCUGAGGACAAUAUCUAUGAGGAUAUCAUAUAUCCCACCAAAGAAAAUCCAUAUGAAGAUAUUCCAGUGCAGCCUUUACCCAUGUGGAGAUCCCCUUCAGCAUGGAAGCUACCACCCCCUAAAAGUGCUUUCAAAGCACCCAAGCUUCCUCCCAAACCCCAAUUCCUUCACCGGAAGACCAUGGAAGUGAAGAAUUCACAAGCAUAUAUACGCUCAAAGCUCGUGAAGGAUACCACUUUGCCUGUCACUUUAACUGAGUGGAAGCUUUUCCGAGCUGGAGAAGUUGCAAACAAAAAAAGGAAAAAUCUUCCAAGGCUUGUAUUGAAAAUAGAGGACAUAUUUGAAUCUAAGAGAGGGAAGAAGAGGGUAAAGAUUCACCCUUAUACUGGAAAAGAAGUACCUCCCACAAAAGGUGAAACCAGUGGGAACGAAAGUGAUGCCGAGUAUCUGCCAAAGAAUCGCCAUAAGCGCUUAGCACAACUGCAACAGUCUUCCAAGAGGAAUCCUCACUACCAGACCUUGGAGCGAGAUCUUAUUGAACUACAGGAACAGCAGCUAUUUGAACUCCUUGUGGUAGUGUCUCUACAAAAGAAACCAUCCGGAAUAAGCUAUAUUCCCCAGGUCAUACAACAAUUCCCUAGCAAGGGUGAUCAUGGCUAUAAGCAAUCCAAAGACACUGAAGAGAGGCUCAAAGUUAUCCCGAAAUUUUGUUUUCCUGAUUCAAAGGACUGGGUGCCAACCUCAGAGCUCAAGAGUGAAACGUUCUCCUUUGUCUUGACUGGGGAAGAUGGAAGCCGGUGGUUUGGUUACUGUAAGAAGCUCUUGCCAGAAGGCAAAGGAAAGCGCCUCCCUGAGGUCUACUGCAUGGUUAGUCGCUUAGGCUGCUUCAAUCUUUUUUCAAAGAUUCUGGAUGAAGUAGAGAAGAGGAGAGAAAUGUCUCCUGCCCUUGUUUACCCAUUCAUGCGAAGUGUCAUGGAAGCUCCUUUCCCAGCUCCUGGACGCACCAUCACCGUUAAGAGCUACCUCCCUGGAGCUGGAGAUGAGUCCAUUGAGCUUUGCCGACCACUGGAUUCCCGACUGGAACAUGUUGAUUUUGAGUGUCUCUUUAAGUGCCUAAGUGUGUGUCAUCUCGUCCGGGUCUGUGCCUCUCUUCUUUUGGAGCGGAGGGUAAUCUUUGUUGCCAACAGCCUCAGCACCCUGUCCAAGUGUGGCCACGCCGUGGUAGCCACCCUGUAUCCAUUCACCUGGCAGCAUACCUACAUACCAGUCCUGCCAGCAUCUAUGAUCGACAUUGUGUGCUCACCUACUCCGUUCCUUAUCGGAAUCCUGUCUUGCUCCUUACCACAGCUCCAGGACCUACCGAUUGAAGAGGUGCUGAUAGUUGAUCUCUGUGCAGACAAGUUCUUACAGGAGGUAUCUGAUGAGGAUGAAAUUCUACCACCUAAACUUCAAGCUGCCCUGAUGCAGAUUUUGGAAGAACGAAAUGAAAUCUUAGCUCAAGAGCAGAAUUUUUCACAAGUGGAUAUGACACUCAACUCUCUGGUGUCUGAAGCAUUUGUCAGGUUUUUUGUGGAGCUGGUGGGACAUUAUUCCUUGAACAUGACUGUCACCGAGCGUGGGGAGCGUGUAUUCCAAAGAGAGCCAUUCCGUAAGUCCCACACCUCCCGAAGUGUACGUCACUUCCUGGAACUCUUCAUGGAGACGCAGAUGUUUGCAGGAUUCAUCCAGGACCGCGAACUUCGAAAAAGUGGGGUUAAAGGUUUGUUUGAGGUCCGGGCCCUCCAGUAUUUGGAAACAAUUCCUGAGUCUGAGCCCAGUGGGGUGAAUAGAAUUUUGCGGAGUCUUGGAAGUAAAAUGAAAUUUCUGCAGAAGAAAUGAAAUCUUUGACUGUCUCCAUCCUAAAUAGAACAGAAAGUGCCAAAGAAAAUCUUUUUUCAAGGGUCAGAAGGCCUUGAAGUAUUCUACAAAACUCUUGAAAUUGUGCAAGGUUAAAGAGCAAGUGAGGCUCUCGGAGCAGGACUCUCCUACCGCGGCUGUAGUCAUCCCUGGGCAAUGGUUGGGAGGAGUCUGGAUCCAGUAUUCUUUUUACUUUUACUUUGCUGCCAAUUUUUUUUUCGUGGCCUUUUCUAUUUGAUUGUUGGACUCAUUCUCUGUAUUUGUGCUUAGUCUAUGGAGGUAGUUGUCUUUUACAAGGGAAAGGCUUUUUGGUGUUACAUUUUAAAAACAACUCAAAGACAAAUAUAGUGAGGGAAAUGCUGAGUUUAAGGUACUAGAGAGGCAUGAUAGAGUGCAGAACUGUUCUCAUCACUGGCAGCUUUAAAUCUGGACUAAGGAACAUACUCAUCAUCUAUCCUUUUUUUUUCCCCACUUAUGUGGGAACCCUACUUGUCCGCACUGUUACUGAGGACUUAGUAAAAGUAGACAUCUUACAGAUCCUCCUCCACACGGUGACAACCUGAGUAACUUCUCCCUCACAUGUCAACAUUCAACUCUGCAGAAUUACAGCGAAUACAAAAAUGUCCUUUCCAGGAACUACCUUGACUUUCUAGCAUCCACCAUGUGCCACACUCUGUGGUGUGUGAAAGUAUGUACUUCAUCUUAUCUAACCCUUAAGUCAACUUUAUGAGAAAGAUAUUUGGAUCUCCAUUUUACUAACAGAAACUGAAGUUCAGAGAGGUGAAAUAACUUGCUAAAGUUGUACAAGAGACAGAACUGAAGCCAGGACUUUUUUGAACUCAGAGAAAGUUGGUUAAUCCUAUAGUUUUGAUCUCCACAGGAUUAUUGCUAGUUUAAAAUGUUUCUAUUAAGUGUACCAGAGCCAUUUCUCAGCUCUGAGAAUAAGUGGCUUUACACUAUAGGUGCCAGGAUGACACUCUUUUUAUUCCCCUAGAAUUGUUGGACUUUUUGCUCUAGUUAGACUCAGAAUACAAGCAUUUCCUCAGCAUGUGCCACUUAA